AUGACUUUAUAUAUUAAUAAAUUGUCUUCUUCUGUUGAUCUUUCUUCUAGCCAUCCUCGUUUAUAUUCCACUGCCCAAGUUACUGGUGCAAGUCAAUACUCUAGACGAUCCAGUCAUUUUGUGUAUGCUUCUACUGCUUUGUUUGCAGCUACUGGAUUAGCUUCCAUCUUGUUGGCUGACGAGCGUGCCGAAGGACCAAUUACUGACAGCGAUCCUAUGCGAUUAAGAAUGGAAGCAUUUGUAAAAGGACUUCAAAAUCGUAUUGUGUCUGAUAUUGAGCAACUGGAUGGUAAACAAUUUACUCGUACUGCUUGGCAACGACAAGAAGGUGGAGAAGGAAUUACAUGUGUACUUCAAGACGGCAAUGUAUUCGAGAAAGCUGGUGUUGGCAUUUCUGUUGUCUAUGGUCAACUUCCCAAGGCUGCUGUGGAACAAAUGCGUCAUGAUCGUGGUAAAGAUAUAUCUGCAGAUGGCCCUGUUCCUUUCUUUGCUGCUGGUAUUUCUUUGGUGAUUCAUCCUCGCAACCCCAAUGCUCCUACUGUACAUAUGAAUUAUCGUUAUUUUGAAAUCGAGAAUGAAGAUGGUUCUCCCAAAAUGUGGUGGUUUGGUGGUGGUUCCGAUUUAACUCCUAGCUAUCUAUUCGAAGAUGAUUGUAUUCAUUUUCAUCAAGUUCUCAAAGAUGGUUGUGACAAGUACGACAAAAAGUAUUACGGGAACUUUAAGCAAUGGUGUGACAAGUACUUUUACAACAAGCAUCGCGGUGAAUCUCGUGGUAUCGGUGGUAUCUUCUUUGAUGAUUUGGACGACAAACCUGCAGAAGAAGUAUUCAGCUUUGUCAAAGAAAUGGGAAAUCGUUUCACUCAAUCUUAUUUACCUAUUGUGAAAAAACGUAUGAACAUGAAGUUUACCCCGGAAAUGAAGGAUUGGCAACAAAUCCGUCGUGGUCGCUAUGUGGAAUUCAAUUUGGUAUGGGAUCGUGGUACAAAGUUUGGCCUGCAAACUCCUGGCGCUCGUAUUGAAGCUAUUCUCAUGUCCUUACCAUUGACUGCUAGAUGGGAAUACAUGUAUGAAGUGGAAUCUGGAUCUCCUGAAGAAAAUUUGGAAGAAGUACUCAAGAACCCCGUUGACUGGAUUCCCUUGGAUUAG